GUCUUCUCCAAGGCCCGCUACACUGUGAGAUCCUUCGGUAUUCGCAGAAAUGAAAAGAUUGCUGUCCACUGCACCGUCCGUGGAGCCAAAGCAGAGGAGAUCCUGGAGAAGGGACUCAAGGUUCUGGGCAGACCCGGCUUCAGCAUCGCCGACAAGAAGCGGAAAAGGGGCCGCAUCGGUUUCAAGCACCGCAUCCGCAAAGAGGAGUCCAUGCGCUGGUUCCAGCAGAAAUACGAUGGCAUCAUCCUCCCCGGCAAGUAAAGGACCACCUUUUGAUCUUGUUUGUAACAAAGUAAUAAAAUGGAAAAAAUAA